AGUAGAUUUCCCCAGAUGGUGAUAGGAAGACAUUUGACAGGAUGCAAUUCCGCACCGGUGCAGCGGGAGGAGCCAGACCAGAGCAGGAACAGGUCCUUCUGCUGGAGACACUCGCUCACUCGGGGUGAGGGGGAGGAGCCCAAUCCUAAAAUGGCACAGCGGCGAGCGUUCUCCCUAGCCAAUGGGAAAUCAGAUCUCAAGGCUUUUGAGAGAAGACUUACUGAAUAUAUUUCUUGUUUACAACCUGCUACAGGACGUUGGAGAAUGAUUCUUAUAGUGGUGUCUGUCUGUACAGCUACUGGUGCCUGGAAUUGGUUGAUAGAUCCAGAGACACAAAAGGUAUCCUUCUUUACAUCUUUAUGGAAUCAUCCAUUUUUCACAAUCAGCUGUAUCACUCUAAUAGGGUUGUUCUUUGCUGGAAUACACAAGAGAGUGGUAGCACCAUCAAUUAUAGCAGCCCGAUGUCGAACUGUGUUAGCAGAAUAUAAUAUGUCUUGUGAUGAUACAGGAAAGCUUAUUUUGAAACCUAGGCCUCAUGUUCAAUGACGAUCUCUAUACAUUAUCAUGGGACCUGAAACAGCCUUUCUUCAAAUAAGUGAUGCAGUGAAAAGCCAUACAGGAUUCCUUUUACAGUUAUUUAUAUGAAAGUCUUAGCAACAACUGACAAGAAGUGUGCAAUAUUAAUCCAGACUGUCUUGAUGAUUUCUCAUGUUAUCAGUGCUUUUGGUACCUUUUGAUUACCUAUAUUUCAGUAUUAGUGUCACUUUAGUACUUCAUAUUUUGCAAGAGUAAUUGCAGAUGAAGUAUGUGUCUUGGUUACUAAGUUAAAGCUUAGAGACAGAACCUCAUUCAGUUUUUAUAAUGUAUUUUUGCAAACUACUGUAAAUAGCAAAUCAAUGCCAAUGUUAAGCAAAGAGAAAACAUGUUGUAUGGACCUUUGUUCUCCUGCACCAGUAUUUAAGGAACACCUACUUGCCAUUCCCACAGCUUUUUUAUUAAUAGUUACCACAUAUGGCUGUAUCAUUUGUUCUCCCAACUUAUUCUUUAAAUGGUAUUGUAGGAAA